AUGAAGGGGAAAAGAUGGAUCGCUGAACUCUUAGCAAAGAAAAUUGUGGAACUGACAACCAAGAAGACAACUACUGAGGAGGCUCUGAACUUGAGCAUCAGUGGAGAUCAGCCCCCUCCCCCCGGCACUGAGCCCUCUUCGGGAAACGACCUCAACACCCUCGAGAUUAUGACCAAACCAACGGUGAAAGAAAUAAUUAGUUUGUACAGAGAUCUCAUUCGCUACUCAAGAACGUUGAAGUUUACUGAUAAAGAUUAUUUCUUGUUCCGAAUAAAAGACGAGUUCAGGAAGAACCAGAAUGUAGAAAAACCUGAAGCUGUAGAAUUCUGUUUACAAGAAAGGAAGAGCCCUGUUGAAGAACCAGAGAGUGAUAUGAUGCUGAAGACAUUACUGAGAGGUCAUGGCCUGACCCAACCAUGGCUCAUGGGUCAGGCAACUGUAGUCACAAGUGGCGCAGCAUUAGUGAGCAAAAAACAUCUCGACUUCUCGUUACAGCCACAGAUAGUCGAAGAAGACUUGGAAGAGCAGUUUGUCAGAGGAGGAGGUCCUGGAGGUCAAGCUACGAACAAAACCAGCAACUGUGUCAUCCUGUUACACAAACCUACUGGAAUCGUUGUCAAAUGUCACCAAACCAGAUCUCAAGAUCAGAACCGGAAACUGGCUCGGGAAGUGCUCCUUACCAAGCUGGACAAUCUUAUCAAUGGAGAUAACUCCAUAGAGGCUCAAAUAAAAAACAUAGAGAGGAAGAAAAGUGCUCGCAUGGACCAGAAGAGGAGGAAACUAGCCGAGUUGAAACAGCAGUGGAAGGAUCGGGAAGGGCUGACUUGAAAAAUAUUGUUCUAGUGGUUUUGUAAUUUUGUAAAAUAAAAUUUAGUGUUGACUUUGUA